UUUUUUUACAUAUAGAACGCCCUCUCCUUGUGCUAUUUCAUGGCUGCCAGCAUUCUCACAGGGAGGGGCCAGCUCACAACCAGCAUACGACCUGCAUUAACCUCGGUUUCGCCGUUUGUAGGGCUCGCAGUGGACUGGCUAGCCCAGCUGUUUCCCUCGACAGACAGCCCGGGCUCUCGGCUCAAGGGGCGGAAUCGGGCAGUAGACUCGCGGCAAUACCCGGACUUUAAGCAUUUUAUCGAGACGCUGCUGUUCAAUGGGCGGAUAUCCUCAGCAACGCUGGUCCACGGACUGAUAUACCUGGGGCGGCGAGCAAUAAUCGAGGACGGCGCCAAGCACAAGAUAUUCCUGGCAGCGCUCCUGGUGGCCAGCAAAUUCUGCGACGACCGGUACCCUUUAUCGACGUGCUUCGAUGUCAACCGGAUGGAGCGCGCGUUUCUGUCGCAAAUCAAGUACAACCUGGUAGCGGUUUUGCUGAAGCACGGGGUUGACAUUAAGCAGAUUGCCCGGAUGGUUGCCGAGAAGACAAACACCAGGUUUUACGAGACGCCUGUCAACCCAAGGCUGUAUCCGAAGACGGAGAAGCCAGCGAACCUGCCCUCUAUCUCGAAGGUUAUUGCCAAUCGGGCUGUUGCCGGCCAUUCGGCUAGCGCCAGGGCUACAGGCACAGCGAGAGGCAUGGGCCUGACCAUGGGCACUGCGAGGCUGACAGAUGGCAGUGCGAGCACCGUCCAUAGAGACCAGUAUGCGAAGCCAUUGCCGGUGGUUCCACGGUGACAGCAGUGGCUGCUCUAUCCGGUUCUUUUUGCUUAUCGAUUUAGUCG